ACACCACCUUGUAUAAAUUCGCCUUGAUUGAACGUUUUUCAUUCUGUUUAGAUUUUAGCUAGUUCAGUCUUUGUUUUUCAUUGCAUCUCGCUAUAUAUAAAAAUCCAAUAAGUCCGAGCAUAAGGAACUAAAAUUUUCUAGUAACUAUUUAAGGACAAAAAGCACAAUCGACGCAAAUUAAAUUGUAUACCCAUGAUUUACUAAUUUCAUUCACCCAAGUUGUGUUCGUGCGGGAGCAUUAAAAUUCACUAAAAGCCCGAAAAUUGUGCAUGUAUUUAUAAAAUUGUAACGAAAUUGAACAACUACUAUUGAUCAAAAGUGUGCGACAACAUAAUCGGGGAUAACCUUAGCGAAAGGAAAAUUAUUGUACAAAAAAAAUCCGAAAGGGAGAAACCCAAAAUUACAGCGCAAGCAGCAAGCGGAAAGCAAUACGACGGCGGCGUGGAAAACUUCAACGUUUAGCUACGCUUGCACACUUUAGGCAGCGCUGCCAGCGUCAAGUUGAAGGAUAAAUUAUAAAAAUAUAUAUAUACAUAUAUACACUUCCAUACACAGUAAAAUUUUGCACAGUACAAGACGCUGAACGCGACAUUAAUAAAAUAGAAAGGAUGGCCUCUAAUUUGCGUCAAAUCCCGUUGACCUGCAGUGGUCAUACGCGCCCCGUAGUGCAUGUGGAUUUUAGUGACAUUUGCGAGAGCGGUUACUUUCUCAUUUCGGCGUGUAAAGAUGGCAGUCCUAUGCUGCGACAAGGCGAUACCGGAGAUUGGGUGGGCACGUUCGAGGGGCACAAGGGCGCCGUUUGGGGUGUGGCGCUGAACAAGAAUGCCACUUUGGCCGCGUCUGGUGCGGCUGACUUUACUGGAAAAGUUUGGAACGCCGUUACGGGCGGUGAAAUCCACAGUUUUCAACAUAAGCAUAUUGUGAAAACAGUUGCAUUUGAUAGAAACUCCGAGAACAUUGUCACUGGCAGCAAUGAGAAAUUGGUGAGAGUUUUUAAUUUGGAGCAACCGAAUGCUGAGCCGGAAAUGUAUGCUGGACAUUCCGGUGCUUUGAAACGGGCACUCUUCUGCCGCGAUGAUAAAUGUAUUUUGUCGGCAGCUGAGGAUAAAACCGUACGUUUGUGGGAUCGUUUAACUGGCAAUGAGAUACAGCGACUACAAUUUCCUCACAAUCCAAACAGCUUAGAAAUAUCAGCUGAUAACCACAUUCUGACCAUAACACAUGGCUCGACCAUCAGCUUCUGGGAGGUGGACACAAUGAAAAAGCUGAAAGAGGUGAAAGUGCCGACAAAUGUAUCGUCGGCUAGUUUACAUCCAGACAAACAUGUGUUUGUGUGUGGUGGUGAAGAUUUUAAAAUGUAUAAAUUUGAUUAUAUAACUGGUAAUGAGAUUGAAUCUUUUAAAGGACAUUUUGGUCCUGUACAUUCGGUCAAGUUUAGUCCAGAUGGUGAACUCUAUGCCAGUGGCUCUGAAGAUGGCACGUUACGACUUUGGCAGACAACUGUGGGCAAGACCUACGGUCUCUGGAAGUGCACUGAACCAGGAGAAUUGAAUAAUUCAAUGAAUUCACCUCGCGAAGUACAUGCCAACUAAGGACAAAUUUGUUAAUUGAUUUGACGUAGACGGAUUUGUGUACACAGCCAAAAACUGCAGACCGAUACAGCAUCAAGAAUAAAAUGAAUCUUAGCAAUUUUUAAUUAAGCAAUGUCUUCACUGGAUUUUAAGCAACACAAUUACUUUUCAUAACAAUAUAUUAUUUCAUAAGAAACCAUACACGAGUGAAUGAUUUUGGACAUUUUUUAAAAGAAAACAAAAAUAAUAUGAGAAAGUGAAAAUUACGGCUUUUGUAUUAACAUUUACUUCAACAAUAUUAAUUAGCUGGCAAAAUACUGAAUUUAAAAUGCGUAUUAUGCAAAGAACUUAAAAUUGUUUUAUAAUUUUUACUUAAUGAUUGUAAAUCGAAGGGUUGAGCAUAUUUUAAUAUGUAAUACAAUAAGUUAUUUCGAAUAAAUACGUACACAUUUUCA